UUGUUGGCCAAUCAGCACAGUCUUGUGUCUGAGGAGUGUAGAUGCAUCAAAGUGCUUUUCAUUUACCAAAGCGAUUUCGACAGGAUGACACCUCCGAUGUUUGUUGUCUACCUUACAUGUCUGUUCUUGUGGAAAAUGGCUGAGAUGAAUAAUUCCAAAGAGCGCACAACAGUGCACCAAGAGAGACGCUUUAUUUCGGCUGAUGUGGGAGAUACCUUAACUUUGCAGUGUAGUUUGGAGGAUGAUGCUGCAAAGUAUUACUGGUAUAAGCAAACGCUGGAGCAGAAGCUACAGCUUAUCUCUGUUGCCUAUAGGUUUGACAAAAAGGGCACUUUUCAUGGUGAAUUCAAGGACAAUCGAUUCUCACAGAACACUGAACCUGGAAAAAGCUACUUAAUCAUUUCAAAUUUACAAACUUCAGACACAGGUACGUACUUCUGUGCAAGUGGGCUUUCAUUUGUGUUUGAGUUUGGUGAUGGCACAAGAGUCAGUGUAAAGAACUCAGGUACACACAUCAAAGCCUCAAUUGAUCAGUCAGCUUCUGAGACCGUCCAGCCGGGAGGAUCUGUGACUCUGAACUGUACAGUGCAUUCUGGAAGCUGUGAUGGAGAACACAGUGUUUACUGGUUCAAAGACUCGGAGAAGUCUUAUCCAAAAAUGAUUUACACUCACGGAGGUGGGGGUGAUCAGUGUGUGAGGAAAAACAACACUCAAACAAUAACCUGUGUCUACAACCUGCUGAUGAAGAGCCUGAAUCGAUCUCACGCUGGGAUUUACUACUGCGCUGUCGCCUCGUGUGGACACAUACUGUUUGGAAAUGGGACCAAGCUGAACUUUGAAGGUGAGGUGAAACCUCAUGUCUUGGUGCAUGUCUUGAGUGGAACUUUGGCAUUCACCAUCAUCCUCUGUGUUUCACUGUCUUUCUUACUGUAUAAGAUUAACAAGGGAAAUGGCAGCCAUUCUAAAGAGUGUCAAGGAAGAUUUUCAGCUCCCUCCACAACAAAUGCAGAGGGUUACCAGGAUGGAGACCACCUCCAUUAUGCUGCUUUAAAUGUCAACCUGCCCAACAGGUCAGGAAGAAAGAGGGACAACACCGACACAGAAUGUGUUUACUCCAGCGUAAAACAAUAGAUGGGACGUACUUCAUUUGGACAUUCCUUGAAAGAAAAAAGAAGCCAUUUCAUAAGAGACGAGCUAAUGGGCAAUGUUCAAAUGGAACAAGAAGGUCAUUUACAGAAAGACGCCAGCGAUGUGUCUAACUGUAGAAGUAACAAUAUUUGGGAAGCUCUGUUGGCCUAACCAAAUCACAAAUGGGCCACAUGCUGUAAACUCUGCACUGCGACAUGGCAGCAUAAAUUGUUGUAUGUCUUUCAUCGCGACUUCUGUUCCACAGUUCCAAUGAGGCGCACAUGAACCCUACACCAAAUUAAGCAUUUCCAGUUGUGAGACAGCAUCUGAAAUGAACAAUCUCCUGUCGAGUGCUCCCCAGCUCUCCACAACUUAUAUGUGACUGUCUGUCUUCAGUUGCUUUAUUAUGUGUAUUUUUAAGAAAACAUAAUUAGUAAUGUGUUUAAUCCCUCUGUCUUACUUAGAAUUUUGUCUAGUUUUGCACCAUGAAUAUCCGUACAGUGUCCAUUUGCACAAGGGAGUCAAUUCUUGUCAUUUACCGCUAUAAUAUCAUUUUUAUGUGAAUAUUAUUGAAAUAAACUGAAUCUAAUUAUGAAACACCUCAAAA